GCGCUUCCGCCUCGCUUUCUUCUUCCCCUCCCUCGUUUCACCUCCUCCCUUCCCAACCCUCGCGCCCAACGCCGGCCCUUGCUUCCCCCACGGCGGCCGGAAUUACGCGCGCCGGCCAGAUGAGCUCCAAGGCCGCCGCAGCCGCGGGGGACGUCCUCCCGGCGCUGCCGCCGAUCAGGACCGCGGCGUCGCAGGCGCCGGCGCCGGCGCAGCCCGCCUGCUCUUCGGCGGCCUCGUCGUCCACGGCGCCGGCGCCGGACGCCGAGUCGGCGGCCUUGCCUGCGCCGCGGGAGGGGGUGGCGGGGGACCAAGACCAGGCGCCGGAGCCCUCGACUCCGACCUCGCAGGCGAGCGGGCUGCGGGCGCCGGGUGUGGAGGCGGCGGCCUCGCCCGCGGCGGGAGGCCAGGAUCAAGCGGCGGCGGAGCCCAAGACGCCAACGCCGGAGGGGAGCAGGCUGCGGGCGCCGGGCGCGGGGUCGGCGGCCUCGCCCGCGGCGGGAGGCCAGGAUCAGGCGGCGGCGGAGCCCAAGACGCCGACGCCGGAGGGGAGCAGGCUGCGGGUGCCGGGCGCGGGGUCGGCGGCCUCGCCCGCGGCGGGAGGCCAGGAUCAGGCGGCGCCGGAGCCCACGACGCCGACGGCGGAGGGCAGCAGGCUGCGGGCGCCGACCGAGUGCCCGCCGGCGCCGCGGAAGCCCGCGUGGGCGCCGCCGGCGACGCCGCCCGCCGCCACGCGCAAGUUCCCGUCGUCCGCGGCGCCGUCGGCGCGCCGGGCCUUCUUCCCCGUCACGCGCGACCUCACCACCGUGUUCCGGGCCCUGCCGCCCAAGAAGCGUAUCCGGGCGGGCUGACGCCCGGCCGGCCGGCAUGCCGGGGGACCGGCGAUCCGCGCCGCCGCAGCUCAAUUGGGCCGCCAAUUACGGGCUCCACGGUGCCACGGUCAUCGUUGUACCCGUGGGUCCUUGGAGUUCUUGCACGCCGUGGCUGGCUUUUCUCCUCGCCCUCCUCUUCUUCUUCUGUUCUUGGUUUUCACGGCCAUGGCAUGGUACAAAGCUCUCGUACAAAUAAUGCGUUGGUUUAUUAUUUCUUUUCCUCUGUUUUUUCUUAUGGGGGUUGUGUGGAGUAGAAACUGUAGAGUUGGGAUAUUUAUAGGGAUCAUGAAUGGGAAAGUGGAGAGUUUGUAAGAGAAUUCCCAGAUAUCUGUUCAUUAUUUAUCAAAAUAUAGCUCAAACCUUAUCAAAA